AUGGCGUUUUCCACGAUCGCCACCGUCGUCCAACCCCGCGCCGCCAUUGCCGCACCAUUUCUUCCCAGGCUCCCCGGAAAUCUGAAACGCGUCGGUGUUAGAUCCCUUCCGAGACGCAGGAUGGCGCCUCUUAGGGCCGCGGCGGCCUCGCUCCCGGACCUGACGGUGCUGCGGGGAGCCCUUGUAGAUCUGAUCGGGACCUCGCCUCCGACGUGGAGAUCCGCGGUCUUUAGCAACCUUCUCAUCUUUAUGGUAGGUUCCCCGCUCCUUCUGGCCGGGUUGAGCGGAUCGGGAAUUGUGGCGGCUUUUCUUCUGGGCACUCUGACCUGGAGAGCUUUCGGGGCGUCGGGCUUCCUUCUCGUCGCUACCUAUUUCGUCAUCGUAAGUGCCGUUUAUUCGAGCCUAAUUUUUCGUUUGGAUCCUGAGCAUUAGCCUGUAAGGUGUUUCGAUAAUUUCCUUCCUGUUGAUUUUGUUUUCUUGUUUAUUAUUAAAUAGUGCGCAAAGCGGAUCCUUCCUUUUUUGCAUUUCUACUUUUUUAUAUAAAAAACUAUUAUUCUGGAAUUGGGACUGUCUUGGUCAUAGCAGUUCUUUCGACUUUUCUUGUUCGGAGUGCACAAUUUGCUCCCUUGCAACGACAUCGUAAUCACUAUCAACGUCCUGGAAGAAGAUAUUUCUUCCCUGUUCAAUUGCGGGGAAUAUCGCAGAUUAUAAACCAUAUUUUUGCAUUGAGGAUCGAGAGAGAAUGAAAGGUAAGCAGUGUAGGCAAUGAAGGCUAUUGGGGUUUAAAAACUUGUUGCUCCUCCAUAUUGAGCAAUUCUAAAAAUAUAAAAUUUUUGAAUACGAAAGUAUCCUCCUCUGGCCACUGUUUCACUUCAGUUUUAUUGGAUUAAAAUUCGGAGGCAUGCACAUCAAUAUCCAGAAUUAUUUUCAUAUCGAAAAUGCAUCUUUUCCGUUUCUCAGGUCAUGUAUUAUUCGGGAGAAGACUAGUUUUUGUCUUGUUGCCUGUUCUUUAGUUUUGCUGAAAUAUGAAACAAGGAAAUUGAAGUAUGCUUUUUCUUCAUUAUAAUUUUCCGUAAAUUGCUUUAGAGAUGGAAUUUAGUAUUAGCGAUGUUAGAUUGUUAAUUUUUUAGUAUUAGAGACGUCUGAAGUAGCAAGCAUGGCAAUAGAGAUGGAAGAAGACAACCAUUCAUUGAACAAAUUUGAGGAAGUGAAGAUGCUUACGUUGUCUACUCUGUCAUUUAUUCAUUUAUUUUUCUCUGUUAUUGUCAUGAAUAUCAAAUCAUCUUUCCUGGGAUUAGACUAGAGUUUUCUUCUUCUGCAGCUUAUUAAUGACGCCAUUUAUGUUUUUACUUCUCUUCACCUCACUUUGAAGCGGUUGCGUUCAAAAAUAUACUGAUCCCGUUCUUUGUUCUAGAAGAGUUAUACUUUCUUGAAUCGCCUCUAAUGAUAUUAUCUGAUUUUUGAACCUACAAAUUGAAGGGCACUGGUGCCACAAAGUUGAAGAUUGCACAGAAGGAAGCCUUAGGAGUGGCUGAGAAGAGGGGAGGAAGACGAGGGCCAGGAAGUGUGAUAGGUUCCAGUGCCGCAGCCUGCGUUUGCGCACUUCUUUCAAUAUAUGGGGCCGGAGGAGUUGACUUCAGGAGCCUCUGGCAACUUGGUUUUGUCUCGAGUUUCUGUACAAAACUGAGUGAUACCGUUUCCAGCGAGAUUGGAAAAGCAUAUGGACAAACGACGUAAGUGGACCUUUUAUGACGUUAUUUUAUGAUAAAGCUAUUGCCAAUGACUUCAACGUCUAUUAUAAAUGAAAUGAAUGAUUGAAAGAUUAGGAGAUUCAGCUUAGGAUACUUGACGUGGUACCCUGUUUCUUUUUAUAGCGAUAACAUAUUUUUAGUCAUCCUUUUUAGGUUUAUGAGUGCCUUGCUGCUCCCCUCACCCCCCCUCCCCCAAAAAUAAAAAUAAAAAUAAAAAUGGAAAAAGGAGAAAAGGAAGUAAAACUUGAUUAAAUUUUUCUCUCUUAAUCUUUUGUACUGGUCCAUGAGCAGGUACCUGAUUACAAAUUUUAAGACAGUCCCUAGAGGUACGGAAGGAGCAGUCAGUGUGGAGGGAACUGUUGCAGGACUUCUAGCUUCAGUAUUUCUUGCUGCAGCUGCUUAUUCCUUGGGAAAUGUAUGCCUUGCACUCGAAUCGAUCUUUUUUCUCCCACGUUUAAUGCUCCAUUCACUUGGAAUCCUUCCUGUGAAUUUUUUCAGGGGGGAGAAUAAAAUGGAGAAACAGCAAUUAAAUUGACUUCUUAACUCAUAUCAGUUCAUGUUUCAUCUUAAAACCAUUGUAUUGCUAUUUUUACAGAAAAUGCACCUUGGACUCGAUGCUUCCAUUCUAGUAGACUAUGCCCAACUUAUUGGAAUCAGAUCAGCUUUCUAUGAGCCAGAUUGCUGGUACAAAUUACAAUUCACCGAAAUGCAUGGUUGCAGCGGGUCUAUAUUUGUUUAAAAUAGUUAUCCAUAGGCUCGUUCAAAUUGGAGCCAAGGAUUUUCAAACUGUUAAGUUUGUAACUAGUUGUCAAAAUGUCUGUGUAUUUCUAUUUUUUUGUGCCCAAUAUGUAGGUUGCCAUGCUAGUUAUUGCGAGCAUGAGCUUUCCAUCUCCACGAGAAAACUGGAAGUCCUAUCUGCAUGAAUGUAACCGUAGCAUUGCUAUUUUGACACCACAUGUAAAUCUGGAGGUCCAACAUCAUUGAUUUCAUAGCCAACUAUCGGAGAACAUAUUUGCAGGCUUCACCAUCUUCUAUAUCAUCUCUCUGGUCGCUGAUGAUGUUGCCCAUGUAAUUGUUCGAAAAUUUUUAAAUUCUCUCCCAUUAAUAAUGAAACGGUUUUGCUCUUUUUCUUUUUGGGAUCCCAUUGUUGCUUGGAAAUGCUGCUUAUGCCGCUUGUUUCCAGCUCCUCUGGAAAGGGGCACUGAUGCCGGCAAUCCUCUUCUGUGAUGUAGAUAGUUGCACCUGAGGCUGUCAUCUGUGUCAUAGCUUCUCAGCUGGCGAAUGUUGGGGAAAGCAUUAUUGGUGCUUCUCUACAGGACAAGGAUGGCUUUCGAUGGGUAAGCUGACCUCUGACACCUGCUGGCUAAAUGGUUCCAGUGUCGUCAUCAGCAGUGUUCUUCAUUACUCGUCCUGUUUUCCAUGGGUAUAUUUCUAUUUUCUCAUUAAAAGCAAGCCACCCCCUGGAUUCAGCUAACGUUUCCUUCUAAUGAAGCAUCGGAUAGUGUUCUUACACACAAUCAUAUGGUUUCUUCUCCUAAAUCCUUGGAACUAUGUCGAUUAAAGUCAACCCAUCUGCCCUUUUUUUUCCCCCCCAUCUUGCAGCUCAAUAAUGACGCUGUCAACGUCAUCAACAUCUCCCUCGGCAGCAUCUUGGCGGUUCUUAUGCAGCAAGUGAUUCUACAGAAGUAG